AAGACGUCGGACGCGCAUCGCUGUCGCCCGAACAGUGUAGUAGUUUAUCCUGGUUUAGUAUUCCCUGCCUCGAAAACAGAAUGGCAGGACAGAUAAUAUAUAACAAAAUGAGGCUCAGACAAGGUCGCGUCGCCAGCAACAGACAGUAGUGGCCCGCUUAGGCUCAGCUGAGGUUAAUUCAAAAAAUCCCGCCAUCCUAGGAGCACCAGAAGCUCCCAGUGAACACUGAGAGGCACCGUCCGAGAAUGCCUAUGGGAAACACCUUUGGCGAGAAAGCACUAGCUCGGAAUUUCAGCAUUCUGCGCGAGAUGAGUGCAUUCGAUCGACGUGCGUAAACGAGCGAAAUGAUCCUCGCCGGCAAGUGUCAAAUAGUGUCAAAAGAAAGCGCAUAAGUGCGUGUGAUUGUAGUGCGCGUGUUUGUCCCGCACGUAGUGGAUUCGAAAGAUCCACAUCGGUUUGAUGGUGAUAAAGAGAGAGAUAGAGAGAGAUAGAUAGAAAGAGUGAUCGAGUGAUCGAGUGAAAACAAAUGUAUCCACACACGGAGGCCCCAAACCGGCGAGUGUGCAAAUGAUAAGGUGUAUCGGUGCGUGCUAGUUGUUGUUUUCCUCCGCCAGUGCCGGAUUUCGAUCGUUUUCUACGCACCGUGCGAAUCCGUACGCAGGUCGGUGGUGCCAAACAAAAGAAAAGAGCGUGAAAAAAAAAGAAGAAAAAAAACCCGCGCGGAAAGCUCACGCACUGGCACCGUAGGAGCCUUCGAGCGAUGUGCGUCGUCGUCGUCGAAAGGCUUGACAAAAAGCGCAAACACUCGCCCACAAACCCGUCGAACUCGCGGUCAUCGUCGUCGGUGGCGGAGUUGGUGGUGAGCUGAUAAAUAUGAACGUCGGACAGCAUACCGGUCCGGGGCCGCCAUUGAGCCGCAAUGGCUGCUCGGAUCGUUCUGUCACCGGGCCAUCCUGUCGGGCGCUCCGGACGGCCGUUUCGGCACUCUACUGUUUGGACGACUUCCAUCGGGAGCACAUCGGGUCGGGCUUCUUCUCGGAGGUGUUCAAGGUGACACACCGGACGACCGGUGACGUAAUGGUGCUGAAGAUGAACCAACGGCGCGCCAACCGGCCCAACAUGCUGCGUGAGGUGCAGCUGCUCAACAAGCUGUCGCAUCCGAACAUCCUGAGGUUUAUGGGCGUCUGCGUACAGGAAGGACAACUACACGCCCUCACGGAGUACAUCGAGGACGGCUCGCUCGAGCAGCUGAUCGCGAACAAAGGCGAGUACCUUCCGGCCCUUUGGAAGAUAAGGAUCGCGCUCGGGAUUGCCCGAGGAAUGCAGUACGUGCACGACGUCGGUAUCUUCCAUCGUGAUCUCACCAGCAAGAACGUGCUUGUGAAGCGACUACCGGACGGUAUGUUCGAUGCGGUGGUCGGUGACUUCGGGCUGGCAGCUAACAUCCCUCGGAAAUGUGGCAAACCUCGCCUUGACACGGUUGGCUCCCCGUACUGGAUGAGUCCGGAGUGUCUGAAAGGACAGUGGUACGAUCAAACCAGUGAUGUAUUCUCUUUCGGGAUAAUAUUGUGUGAAGUGAUAGCACGGAUUGAAGCCGAUCCGGAUAUCAUGCCCAGAACUGAUACGUUCGGUUUGGACUACAUUGCGUUUGCGGAUGUGUGCCCGAACGAUACGCCACCGGCGUUUUUAAGACUGGCCUUCUAUUGUUGUACUUAUGAUCCAAAGAGUCGACCAACGUUUACGGAGUGCGUGAAAAAGUGCACUCUGCUGUCGGACGUAUGCGAAGACAGCUACAAUCAUCUCCAGCAGCAACAGCAGCAGCAGCAGCAGCAACAACAGCAGCAAGCACAUUACCGCUUAAACGUGACCACCAACGGGAGUGCGAUCUCGAGCAGCGGUUUGAACGGAUCCUCGGCUACGAACGGAUCCUCAGAACUGAGUUCCGCCGGAAGCGAAACUAGCUCUCCAAGCAGCAGCACAACGGCCACACCGUCCAGCAGUGGAGAGUACUCCCAAAAUCCGCUUCACCAUCGUCGAUCGCUGUCGGAGAACGUGAUCGUGUUCCCACCGCACACAACCCCAAGCGAUAAGGCGCGCUAUCACAUGUACCAGCGGGGAAACUCGGUUGUGCGGCCAGCCGAACCAGCAAUCCCGGAAUCGCCCACCUACUCCAACCAAACGCUCCGGAAGGUCGCCGAAACGAUGCUGUUGAAGGACUCGCAGUACAAACCACGGGCGAAGACGGAACAGGGUGGUGGGCCAAAGGCAAACCCAUUCAGUGCGCUCUCGCAGCUGAAGGGCGUCAAGAAGAUCCUCGGUCCAAACCCGGCCGUGACGACGUACAGCUCGGGUGAUUUGUUUAGCUCGUGCUUCGAGAUAUCGGCCCCGUACUUCCGAGCGUGGAACUCCGUGCAGAACCAGAUCGUGAGGAAUGCGCGCGAUGGACGGAGUUGCGCUGGGCUGGCAGGUUCGGGAGGUUCCGGUUCUGGCAGUGGUAAUGGUGAAGGACAGCCCAAGAGUCUACCGAAUUCGCCGACCUCUCCGCGGAAGGAAUAUGGCGAAGAGGACGAAGAACAGGCGAGCGGUGGUGCGUUGGCAAACGAGUACCGUAAAGUGUCCCUUGGCAACGUGCGGAAGUACCGAGCCAGCUUCACCGAACUCUCUAGUCAUCCACUGUAUAAGAGUGGCCAAAUUGAGACUGAAGUAACGAGCGCUGGUACUGUGUCGGUGGCAGCAAAGAUGACCAAUCCGGUGGCGGGUGCUGCCAAUCCAACCGUGAACGGUAGCGCGACAAUAGUGCACGCCGUUAAUCCGGCCACGGGCAAGAAAAUGUCCAACGGAAGCAUAAAGCCCGCAAUGCCCUCCAUCGCUUCGGCAGAUCCUGUCGACGAGGAGAUGGAGCUGCACGGAGAGGAAUUGCACGUGUGUGCGAAACCGGCGAAAGUUCCUGCCAAUGGCACUAGCAACCUGGCGCACUUGUGCAGUGUUAACAAUGGAGACAGUGGCACCGAAGAGGGUCAAGACAGUGCGAGCUGUGACGGAGAGUCAACCAGGCAAGAAGAUGACGACGGGGAGGAAGAAGGAGAUGCCGAUGAGCGGACAGAGGACGCAGAUCAGAGGCGAGUGGAAGUUAGGAAGUUGAAGCCGACGUCUGGUACGACCGCCAUUAGUGAACCUAGCACGAACGGAUGUAAGGAUGUGUGUUCCGAGGAUAACGGUGUACUGGAGACACCGCGCAUCCUUACGCGACGCGGUUCCACUGAGAGUGGGUUCUUUUCUUGCCUCAACGAAGACUUUGGCACGUACAAGUCUUCGCCCUGCUGCUGUUUCGAGCAGAUAUCACACUUUGAGUCAACUGAUCGGUUGCCCAUGUGCCGGUGCAUAUAUGCCGGCGCAUCGACACUGACCGGAGGUGGAACUGCGACAUCCAACGGUACGGUCGGAGACGGUCUAGCCGGUCUGAUGUCCAACCAAACGCUCAACGAUAGCUCGAGCAUACUGUUCUUCGAUGACAGCUCGACAACGGUCAGUUCCCUGCGUAGCAUGGAUGAUCUGGAGCUUUCGGACUCGAUACGGAAGCGCUUCAACCACCACCAUCAUCUGCACCAUCUGCAUCCGGCACACCAUCAGAUGCAUGGCCGGCAUCACCAUCACCUGCUCAGCAACGUCGACAUCGAUGCCCGCUCGAUCGACAUGGGUCUCAUCAACCGGUUGGCGUUGGAUUCUGAGAUCAGCAGCAUGAUCCAGAAGAACCAGUUCACCAACCAGCUGCUGUACUGCAAGAACCGGUCGUCGUCGAUCUUCACGGAUAGCUCGGACGACAUCAGCAGCCUGGCGGGGUCGGAUUCAUUGCUGUGGGAUGAUCGCUCCUGCACGACAAUGCCAAACACACGGUCGGCGCAGAUUGCCAAGAUCGUCGAGUACUUCGAACGCAAGGGCCAGACGUUUAAACCAUUCACCGUACCUGAUACGCUUCAGUUGGGCGCUUCUGCCACCGGAGGGAGCCACUGCGGUGGUCCGGGCAGCUCGGUACAUCUGCAGCACCAUCAUCAUCUUCAUCACCAUCAUCACCAUCGUCAAAGUGCCUGUGGAUCGGUGGUCACGCCGAUUGGAAUGAGCACUACGACGACACCCGUUGCCGGAACACCCGUAACAUCUUCAGCACCCACAGCGACACCAAACGGGAUGGCCACCGAGAACGGCAGAAGGCAUUCUUCCACUGCAAUGACGGCCACUACCGGAGCUCCGAACGCCAAGCUUUCGCAGGCCGAACUAAAGCAGCGCUUCGAGUAUGAGGCGUUCUGUCUCGAGCUGGAAAGAAAACAGCAACCUGCAGGUGUUGUUGCAAAUGGACCCCAGCACCGGUUGAACAACAUCUGCGAGGGAAACGUUCGCUCGAAACUGCAGCUGUUCGAUAAGCUGAAGCAGCAGAGCAAUGGUGUCGCGGUGCCAUCGGUUACCGCGAACGGUGGUCCACUGCCGAGUGGGAUUGGAAAUGGUUCCAACGGAAGCAAUGCUACCGCCACCGGUAGCUGCUGCGCCGCUAGCAAUCCCGGUGUUUCCACCAACAUGAACGGGUUAACCAUUAUCGAUAAGUAG